AUGUUGGAGCUGAUCUUCCGCACACGCAGGAUGAGCGAUAAUCCGCCGCCGUACACCAGCCAGGUGUCGAGCACAAACCCGCCUCCACCUCCUUAUACAAGCCAGGUAGCAGACUCGAACCCAACCGGACGACAGCCACCCACGGGCUGCGGCGCUAUGGCGAUCAUUCGCGACUAUCUGCGUAUAUCAACAUCAUCCAGCUACUACGACCGGAUCAGCAGCCGAGGCGCAUCCGCGGCGUCCAGCCACAGGAAGUAUACCAUGCGCCGUGACGAGAACAAUAACUACCAUCAUACGCGACGCACACCCAGAUCCUCGAACCGCAACCACCGCCGAACCCAGCGGACCCGCGCAUCUGGAUCCCCCAGCCGAGCCCAUCGCUCCCAUCGCGCCCACCGAGAGCCUCAACCAUCAGCAGGACCGUCCCGACCUCCUACCUCGUCACCCCCUACCUCACCCCCCAACACUUCAUUACCCCGACCCUCACCCCAAACCUCAACCCGGACCGACGCCUCCAUCCCCGCGGGGGAACCAGAACCCCAAACCCCACCACGAUCCCCCAAAACCACCAAAACCCCCUCCAACCUCUCACGCCUAAUGCGCCUCCUCCCGCAAGGCGGACUCUACCACCUCGCCUGCUUCCACCACCAACUAACCUGCACACGCACAAAAAUGGGAGACCCAAGCCACGCGAUCUUCCUCCAAGACCUCGACGACCUAGCCUACGCGCCCUGCACGAUCGACACAAACAGAUGGUCGAACCCCUGCGCCAGCUGCCGCGAGUACUGGGCUUCGCCUCCUCCGGGGAGCGGGGAGGAGCAGCUCCCGCGGCUGGGGAGCUUUUAUUCGCAUUUACCUGAGUUUGUGGAUGAGCUUGUUUGCGGUAUUGGUGCAGGGGGUAGAGGAGGGAGGAAGAAGACCGGGAAUGUGAGUUUGGAGCAGCUUAUGGAGAAGGAUAGUCAUACGGUGGGCGUGUUGAAGGCGUUGUUCGUUUGCGAUAUCUAUAUGCAGGGGAUCUUGCCGGCGCGGCGCGCGGGACUAGAGCCUGAUGAGUAUUUUGAUAGGUUUUUGGAGAGGUGUGGACGGUUGUGUGAUUUGGGGUGGUUGAGGAGGGUUUUUGAUUAUUUUUUGGACCGGAGUCGGUUGGGGCCUGGGGUGUGGACGCCGGAUGCGGAGAAUUAG